AAUAUGAAGUUGUUUGUUAUUGCUUUUCUGGCUUUUAUGUUAGUUGGUUUUGGCUGGGGUCAGAAUUGCAAAAAGAAGUGUGGGCCUUGCAUUUUGCCGACCUGUAACUAUGAUGGCAAAUGCUUUUUCGAGGGCUCCAGCACUUGUGCCCUGGAAAAUGAAAAGUGCCGACGGAAAAAACUUAAACUUCCCAAAUUCAUAAAAUCAGAAGCGGGCUUCUGCGAGGAAGGCGUUAAGAUGUGUUAAUAGCUAAAUGGAAUGAUUUAUGAAUUUAUAAUUUAUUCAUUAAUUAGUUAAAUCAUCAAAAAUAUAUUAUUAUUAUAU